AUGAGCACCGGAGCGCGCGCCAGCUCAUCACCGGCGGUCGCGGCGCACGCGGAGGGCGAAGAGAUCGAAGUGUUAGAGAGCGGAGAGCUCGAGACCGGAACUCACCCGGACACCCAGUGGAAAUCUCUGUUUGAUAAGUAUGACCCGGAGAGUUCAGGCUUCAUCAGCGCUGAGCGUUUGCGUGAUCUGCUCGAGACACACGGCUCUGAACUCGACACACACAAGCUGGAGGUUCUGCUGGCGCUGGCCAACGGGAACGCCGAGGGAAAAGUCCGAUAUCAGGAUUUCAUCAACCUGAUGAGUAAUAAGCGGUCGAACAGUUUCCGGAGGGCCAUCCAGCAGGGAGGGAGGCAGCUGAAGAGCUCCAGCCUGAGGGAGGAGGUGGGACUUGGUUUGUCUCAGAGACUCGUCCGACACGUCGCGUAUGAGACGCUGCCUCGGGAAGUGGACCGCAAGUGGUACUUCGACAGCUACACCUACUGUCCUCCACCCUGGCUCAUCCUGACCAUCACCAUCACAGAGAUGGUGGUGUUUGUGUAUUAUGGUCUCCUGCUGGACCGCUGGGUUCUGCAGGUUUCCUCUCCGUCCUUCCUGAAGAGCCCUCUGCCCUACCACCCUCAGCGGCGGGCACAGGCCUGGCGCUACCUCAGCUACAUCUUCAUGCACACUGGCAUCGAGCACCUGGGUCUGAACAUGGCCAUGCAGCUGCUGGUUGGUGUUCCUCUGGAGAUGGUGCAUGGAGCCUCCAGGAUCGGUCUCGUCUAUGUGUGUGGUGUUCUUGCGGGUUCUCUGGUCGUAUCUGUGGUAGACAUGGCUGCCCCUGUAGUCGGAUCAUCAGGAGGAGUUUACGCCCUCGUCUCCGCCCAUCUUGCCAACGUUGUCAUGAACUGGUCAGGGAUGAAGUGUCAGUUUAAGUUGUUCCGGAUGGCAAUGGCGCUGGUGUGCAUGAGCGUGGAGUUUGGCCGGGCUGUGUGGUUGAGGUUCUACCCCCCUGCUGUGCCCCCGUGCCCUAACCCAAGUUUCUGUGCCCACCUGGGCGGGGUGGCAGUGGGCCUGACGCUGGGUGUAGUCGUGCUGCAGAACUACGAGCAGCGACUGCAUGAGCAGUUCCUCUUCUGGAUCUUCAUCAGCGUGUACGGCCUCUUCGUCCUCUUCGGGAUUUUCUGGAACGUCUUUGCUUAUAGCCUGCUGGACGUUAAACUCCCGCCAGCACCAUGA